CACUUCAGGAGACAUCUGAUGCUAGUUUGUUCUAUUACUAUUAAUUAAGCUUUGCUCACUUGAUUAAGGUGGUGAGUGUCGGAUCUGGCUAGUUUCUGAUAAACUUAGAAACCUGAGCUUUAUUGACACUGACUUCCUAAGCAGGUGGAAGGAAGCUGUAGCAGCCUGGUCCGCCUUCAUCUUCUCUCUUCCACUAUGGGAACACCAGGAAUUGUCUUGAAGGCAGGGAAUGGGGAGAGAGCCGUGGCAUCACUUAUUCCCAGUUCUUCUGAAACCACUUGCAGACAUUUCCUCCGUUAUUUUCUGUCUGGUGCUGCAGGAGCCCCGGAUGGAGGUUAUCCUCCUGCCACGCAUCUAUGCAAUAAUCCCUGUACUCUAUGCACUUCAGCGUGUGCAUGAAAGCCGGUAUGUUCGUGAUGCCCGUGCAUUUGUGAAAAUUCGUGUCUUUUUACCUAUAUCUCCGUGUCAGCUGUGCAAGACUUCGGGGUUCUAAAGCUUUCAACGUUAGAGGCUCUUGGGCAGGGUAAGCCUUAAGUGUGAGCGAGGCGUUUCUUCGCGGAGCUGGUCGUCCAGUGCUCCCCCGCUCUCUGGGCUGCUUGGUACGGUCUAUGCUCCCCCCUUCACUUCCUCCUACAAUGGUUGCAUCCAUCCCUCCCGGAAGAGAAGCGCGCAGGUUCGGAGCCUGUCAUGGAACAGCCAGGCAGUUCAAGCCCUAGCGGCGGAGGUCCUGUACCGGAGAAGUCAGCCCCGGCCUCGGUGACCCUGGCGCGUCUUCUGCAGCUGGUGCAGCAGGGCCAGGAGCUUCCGGGCCUGGAGAGGCCUCUUGUCGCGGCGACCCUCAGCGAACCCACGGCGUCCCAGCUCCCGCGGAGGCCCAAGCCCUGGGAGGUCUCAGCCGAGGCCCCAGGGCCGCCCUUCCAGACCGCGGGCCACAGGCCUGCCGACCCUCCCUGUGGGCAGAGGAAUCGCCUGGAGGAGCCUGACUCGGAGAAGGGUACUACCGGCGCCUUACUAGGUGGAACUUAGUGGAUUCUUGAGGUUUGAGAUCCUUUAUAGCUGUGAAUGAAAAACGCCUGUCAAAUCUGCGAGGGAUGCUGCAGUCGUGAAGCCAUCAGCCAAUACUGCCGCCCACCCAGCGGUGGAGACAGAUGGCUGCCUGCUGCCAAGCCCUGAGCCACUGCGGCCACCCCGACGGGGGCACACUGAGGGAACUGAGACUGGGAACAAACAGGAUGCUGGCUCUGGAAAGCCAAGGUGCAUAUCAAAGGAAUGAUUUAAGUGAGCCCAGACUCUGGCAUCUUCCCAUACAUUGAAAAGUGCUAAAUUCAUUAACUUGAGAUGUCUGGUUUUCUUUAAUUAACACUACUCUUUUGAUGGUCUGACUACCUGGUUUUUGUUGGAAAACUCCUGUAUAUCCUGGCUUCUCCCUUAGCUCUUUGGAGCUAUUUGCGAGGCUGCCUCCUGGCCUUGAGUCCUCAGAAAGUCCACCAAAUAAAGCAUAAUUUUCAAGUUUUA